AAUAGCAUCCAAUAUGGCGACUUCCACGGGACAAGAUGGAAACACUGUCAGUACCUCGGAUGUGGAUCUGUUACUGCACCCUGAGCUGCUGUCUCACGAGUUUUUGCAGCUAAUCUUACGUGAGAAACAUGUCAGUACCAGAGACUGUGAAAGUCGGGACCGGCUCACAGAGCUGUACCUGCAGCAUGUCAUCCCGCGGCCGCAGAGGACUUUACCCGACAGUCGCUGGGGAAAGAGGAUGGAGAAGAUCCGAGGGAGGCACACACCGGCCGGUCACAGGUCUGACAGUAACGACCACAACAGGAAAAGGCCUCUGAUUGUGUUUGAUGGCAGUUCAUCUCACUCUGGGCCGCUAAAAGUAAAGAAACCAGAGGGAACCACCUUGUCAACAGGAAUCACUGACAGGUUAAAACCUCCUCCUGCUGGAAACCUGUCCAGCCCCAUCUGCAAGCUAUCUGGAAACACAUCUUCCUCUUCCUCGUCCUCUUCCUCAUCCAGUCAUUGCAGCACUGACACAUCAAACCUCAAACGGGAGGCAAACAGCUCGGGUGCAAUGACAUCUCCAGAGGUGAAGAAAAAGAUCCAGCAUGUGACAUGGCCCUGACCUCUGACCUCUAUUCACACAGAUCUGAUUGCAGCUCAGGCUCAGAAGGACAGACCCCCUCCCCUCCCACCGAAUGUUGUUUCCCAGUAUCUGUGCUCUCCCCAUCACAGUUAUCCAACUAAUUAUAUCACAAAAGGGAAAACCUUUAAAUCCGUGUGUCUAAGCCACCUCACAGUUCUUUCUCAGCCAUGAGCUGACAGGACGAUGAUCAGGGUCCUGCUUAUGAAGUCACAAGCUUCCUUGUUGCUUUCCAGAACCUCAAGUGCCCUUACCAUAGAUGAUCAGCAACUCUCCUCAUGUCCCACACAGAGACCUUCUCGAGGACAAAACAAGUAACACAACUUAUGUUUUUCUGAAAUGCCAUUUAGGGAAAUUAUGGUUGUUGAUAUUCUGGGCCUCCAAUACUGCUUUGCAAAUGUGAAAGGGUGAUUUUUCUGUCUGUUUAUUGUUUAAAAUCUGGAAUUGGUAGUACCAUGACUUGAAUAGACGGAUGAACUUUGACACAAAUGCUAUAGACCCUCAUAGUCUGAGAUUGUGACUGCUGGACAUGUCUGAGGUUCAUGGUCAACACGUUAUGAGGCAGUGCAAAAAAAACAGUGUGUUUGAACCGGUAGUAGGUGUCUUUUUUUCCUUCUCAAUAAACUUAAUUCCACUGAUGUUUGGCCUCAGUUGUUCAGGGUUUUUAAAUAUUAGAUUCAUUAAAUUGUGAAAUCCUGUGUCAUGUUUGUAUCAACGCUUUUUAAAAUAAAUUGUCUCA